GGUCCUAACGAGCUAUAUAAUCGAACCGAUAUCACGCUCAGAUUAUAUUUAUACAUUUUCCGUAGUCGUGUCCGCGUAACUGAGAGUGAUAAACUUGUGAAGAUGGCGCCAGUGGUAACACAACUACCGAUUAAUGCAUGCAGCCUGGGCGAGGGUCCGCACUGGGACAGUGAUGACAACUCCUUGUACUUCGUGGACAUAGUCAAGGCCACUAUUAACAAGUAUGAAGCUGACACUGGCAAACACGUUGAAGCUAAGCUAGAUGUGACGUCACAUUUUAUUAUACCAGUCGAAGGUAAGAAGCACCACUUCGUGAUCACUCAAGGCCGCAAAGUGGUGGAGAUCAAGUGGACUGCAGACGAGAACCCUCCCAAAAUCUUGAGAACUAUCACAGAGACGGAACCCGAAUUCCCGAAACAUGUGCUGAAUGACGGCAAAGCGGAUCCUUUGGGAAGACUGUUUACUGGAAUUAUUGUUGAUGACGUUCUCGCUCCUAACAGAGCAAAGGAUGGAUCCCUGUACCGCAUCGACCCUGACGGCACCACAAACAAAGUGGCGUCGGGCAUCGUUUGCUCCAACGGGCUUUGUUGGGACCUCAAGGAGAAAGCCUUCUAUUACAUAGACUCUUUGACCUUCACUGUCCAAAGAUUUGACUACGACGUUGAGACUGGAAACAUCUCGAAUCCUACAGUUGCGUUUUCAUUUGAAAAACAUGGAUUGACGAGCUCUCCAGACGGCAUGACCAUCGAUACCGACGGGAACCUGUGGGUCGCUGCUUUCUGGGAAACAGGUAUGCUGAAAAUAGAUCCAAGACAAAAUAAGGUUGUGGAAAAGAUCCCCCUCCCAGUGGCGCAGGUGGCGUCGGCGACCUUUGGAGGUCCAAACCUGGACGUGUUAUACGUGACCACUGCGAGCUUAGCCUUGGAAGGCAGACCGGAACAGCAUCCCCCGGCGGGGUCAACGUACGCCAUCACAGGGAUGAACGCGAGGGGUUAUCCUAAUCUUAAAGUCAGGCUAUAUUAGUGGUCGACACUAGGAAACGAAGCAAAAAACUUCUAUAAGGGUCAGAUCCAACAGAUGUGCCUAUUUCGUUGAAUCCCUGAAGGAAUGUGAUUGACAUUUACGGUUUAACGGAAACUGAAGAAACCUGUGAUAAUUUUUAAUAACUUUAUUUUCAUUAAACAAACGAUUAGUAACCAUAA